CACUUUAUAUCGUGUCUUCUGUUUUUGAUGUAGUCAACUCUCAAUCUGUCAUCCGUUUUGCCUAUUGCCCUAUUUGAUUUAUUCUAUUUUUAUAGAGAUUGAGAAGUGAUGAUGUGGUUGUAAUUUCAAUCAAUUCUUAGUCUUUUUCUUUCAGAUUACAAAAAAAACUGAGUUAAUUUUAUAUUUACUGUUCGUCAGCUAUCCUGCGAAACAAAUAGUUAUUUACAUAAUAGAUUCCAUAAGCAAAACAUCGUUCCAGACCUCAGCCAAUUUGAGAUGAUUGAAACUCUAUAAUUUGAGGUGUUAACUUAUUUUAUACAAAUAAGCUUGGGCAAGAUGCCUCGUCCUUCGGCGGAUGGAGCUGGCUCGGUUGGCAACUUCAUGACUUUCAUGAGCAAGCCAGCAAGAGGAUGGCUUCACUCCGAUCAGCUCAUUCUGAAAAAGGGUGUUACUUACGCUGUCAGAUAUAUUGGCUGCUUAGAAGUUCAUACUUCUAUGAAAAGCUUGGACUUCGAGACAAGGUUCCUGGUCGCCAAAGAGUGUAUCAAUAGGGUAUGCGAAGCGGCUGGACUAAAGACAGCCGAUAAGAAAAGAAAGACUGACAAAAGGGUUGCCAGAGCGAUUGGGAUUUCGCCGUUGAUGGACCAUGCUGGGGCAAAUGUCAAACUGAGCAUAUCAAGCACAAGUCUCUCUCUCAAAGCACUUGAUAACGGAGAGGUAAUAGCUACUCAUGACAUGCCAAGGAUAUCAUUUGCAUCCGGAGGUGAUACGGAUACACUGGAUUUCGUGGCUUAUGUGGCGAAAGACCUGAAGGACUGGCGAGCAUGCUAUGUUCUGGAAUGCGGCGGCGGCCUUGCUCAAGACGUCAUCACCACCAUUGGCCAGGCAUUCGAACUGCGAUUCAAACAGUUCCUCUCCAAUCAACCAGCUUCAGCAUGCUCUCCGCCAACCGAAGACAGAGAAUAUUACAAUGACUUGCCGGGCAAAGUGCCCCCUGACGUGGGCCCCCCUCCGGUGCCCCCCCUGCCCAACGCCUCAGCAAUAGCCUACUCUCAAAAGCAUCACCAUCAACAGCAACAACAACAACAACAGCCGCAACCACAAACAAGAGAACGUAUACCAUCUACGAACCUGAUAGAUUUGAACUGUGAUGUUAUUCCUCCCAGACCCCACGAUUAUGUUAAUGACGUUGUAAUAAAUAGUCGGCCUAGAGAUGUUUUCGAUCUACCGCCUCUGGAUAGUGGUAGUGGCAAUGGACCUGGAAGUUCAGAUGAAAAGGACCGACUGAUGACCGAAUGCUGGUUUCAUGGAAGUAUCAGCAGACAGCAGGCUGAAAGUCUAUUGAAACAAGAUGGGGAUUUCCUGGUGAGAGAAUCGCAGGGAUCUGCCGGUCAGUAUGUCUUGACUGGCUUGCAAGGUGGUGUCAAUAAGCAUCUGCUCCUAAUCGAUCCUGAAGGCAUUGUGAGGACGAAGGAUAGAAUGUUCGAGAGUGUGAGUCAUCUGAUCAACUAUCAUUGUCAGAACCAGCUGCCAAUAAUAUCUGCUGAAAGCGCCCUUGUCUUGAAGAAUCCUGUCUCUCGAACUGUACUCUGAUUCAGCUCAAGGUCGCGAGCUCAGUGAAAGUGUCCAAAGAGAAAAACGAGUCGAAUGAUUCAAAACUCAAACUCUUGACGCUUCUACCGUGUACAUGCCUUAGUUGUGUCCUAGCAAAGAGGUUGUGUGCCGCCAUUAAGAUGCCUUCUAACCACUAAAUGAAUGAAAAAAUAUUUAUUAGGCGGUGUUAAACCCGCCUAUUUAUUUGUUUUAAAUAAAUCCCUAAACCUUGAAAGUGAAGAAAAAUCGGACGUCCAAAAAUUGAUGUGUAUGUAACUGGCUUAACUGCAUAUCGUUGUAAGAUUUUUCAGUGGUUUAGAUUCAUUACAAUGGCUUGCCUAUAAUUGAAAGCGUUUUGAAGCUAGCUUUGCUCCAGCGUUAGUAUCACAACCUUUUUGCUUUCAAGCGACUCUAUUCAAUAUGUAUGUGCUUUCUCUGCAAGUAUGGACCAAGAAGAAACAAUUUAUUUUAAGAAUUAGAGGAAAAACUAAUACUAAGACGUUUAUGAUCUUCUCAAGGAUAAAAGUAUUCAAUACAUGUAACGCUUUUGUGCAGUAUAUAGCCUAUUCAUGCUGGUCAUGAAUAGGAAUUUUAUACUAAAUACUAGUUUUGUUUUAUUGCAUUUUGAGAAAAUUCAACGUCUCACAAAAUAGAAUGUAAUUUUUAAAUUCUCAAACCGAGAUAAAUAUUGCCUUGCAUGAUGUUCUGAAAUAAUGAUGAUUUGAUGAUCAUCUGAGAUAUAUUUAAUGUACUUGGCAACCAUUAAUUUGCCGUUAGGAUUUAACUAAAGCUGCGUUUAGACCAAAGUUAUUAACAAAAUGUUAGUAACUUAAUCCUUAUAGAUUCUAUUAGAUUGAACGGAACUUGACACAUAUGUUCAUCAUGUGUAUGAUAGGUUAUGUUCAAUCUAGUAGAAUCUAGAAGGAUUUGUUAAUAACUUUGGUGUAAACGCAGCUUAAAUCUGAUUGAAUUCUACAGAAAACCACAUCAAUUCAAUGUAGACAGAUGAAGUAGUACUAUAAUAAAAAUUCGAAGCGAAAAAAUUCACCGUUCUGUGAAUAUUAUAGAUUUAUUUAAUAUUCAUUUCAAUAUUGAUCACCAUUACUGAAAGUUUAUGUUGAAAAAUUGAAGUUGAAAGCACAAUAUCUGUUUGGCAAUAAACAGCACGCAAUGAACUUGAUGUUUUUAGAUAGACAACGUUCUAGUAUAGGAUAUUGAUAGUCUUUUAUGACAUGACGUGAACUCUCCAAUCACAAUAUUAGUAGACCUCUCUUAGAGUUGUAUUAAAUUUCACUUUAUUUAGACUAUUUUUUAAUAAUCAUGUUCAUUCAUAGUGUAGGACUCAACAUAUACAGAAUAUUUAUAAUUUGAUAUCUAUAUAAACUGAUAAAAUCAGCUCUGGAUUAAUAUUUUUAGAUGAUUGUAUUCACCAAAUCGUUCGUCCCCAUAGAUAUUCCAACUAGUUUAUGAAGAAAACUUGUAUUGAUUCAUUUAUUAUUUUUAAAUAUGAGCUACAUAUUUUACUCGUAUCAACGCUUAUAUUGUUAUUGAUUCAGAUUUUCAAAUAUAAAUUAUUUACAUUUGGUUGAUUCUACAUUUUAUUAAUUUCACUCAAGAAUUUAGACCAAUUUUACUAGCCAUUAGGUUUUCUAAUUCCUUCAGGAAUUUAUAAGCUUAUUUACAUAAAUAUUUAUUCAGUGUCAAUGAUUUGUUCCAUGUCUAGUCAGAAAAAUCAUUGUUUAUUCUGAGAUUAGCAUGAUUAGAAACCCUUUAUAAGAAUGUAUUCUUUGACUAUAUAAUUACUAUUAGAUUAGGUAUAAUUUUAAUAUUUUUAUAUUCGGCUUGACUAUAUCAUUUUUUCAUCCUCAUUUUUGUCUUAUUCUAUUAAUAUUUAUCUAGUUAUUAUAUUCUUAAGAUGUACAGUAUUAUAGAGCGUUAUUUAUCAUGAAAACAGUGCCAAUCAAUUUGUUAUUAAUCCGAAUUGGAUAUUGAGAUUAUAAGAUUGUCAUAAUAUUAGCUUA